AGAGCAACACGGACUCAUUAGAGUGUCGCACAUUUCGGCAGAACAUGUGGAACGUGCUGCGUUUACUUCGUCGCUGAAUCGUCGCUGGUUUAAACUCAUGUCGGCAACAUUUUACGACCAUAAUGGGCGUAAUUUAUGUUGGAAGCUUGAAUAGAGUACAGUUAGAAUAGAUGUUAUUAUAGUUAAAUAACCUUACCUGCUUUUCAUUUUGCUGAAAAUGGGAAAAUCGAAGACCAAGAACCAGAAGAAGUCUCGAGCCACAGCUAACCAUGUGGCCGAGGAGGUCUUCUCAGCAGUUCCCCACUCCUUCGUGUUUCAUCGGGGUCAGAUUGGGAAAAACGUGGGUCAGCUCAUCCUGGAUGUGCGGAGAGUCAUGGAGCCCUUCACUGCGGAGUCUCUGAAGGUUCGGAAGAAGAAUGUGCUGAAAGACUUUGUAGCUGUCGCGGGGCCACUUGGAGUCACACACUUCAUUAUGUUCAGCAAGACUCAGAGCUGCGUCAACAUGAGACUUGCUCGACUUCCCAAAGGUCCUACACUUCAUUUCAAAGUGCUAAAGUACUCUCUUGUCAAAGAUGUGGUUUCAUCUUUGAAGAAGCACCGGAUGCACGAGCAGCAGUUCACACACCAUCCGCUACUCAUCCUCAAUAACUUUGGGUCCGACGGCAUGCAUAUCAAACUCAUGGCCACCAUGUUUCAGAACAUGUUUCCCUCGAUUAAUGUGCACAAGAUAAGCCUCAAUAAUAUAAAGAGGUGUGUGCUGCUGAGUUACAACCCAGAGACGGAGGAAAUUGAAUUUCGUCAUUACAGCAUGAAGGUCGUCCCUGUGGGAAUGAGCCGUGGGGUCAAGAAGCUGAUGCAGGAGCGGUUCCCCAACAUGAGCAAGUUUGAAGACAUCAGUGAGCUGAUGAUAAAGGGAGCAAACCUCUCGGAAAGUGAAGCCGAGCAAGACGGGGAUCACAACAUAACGGAACUACCACAGGUCUACUCUGGCCGAGGUAACAUGGCGUCCCAGCAGAGCGCCGUCCGUUUGACCGAGAUUGGUCCUCGCAUGACGCUGCAGCUGACUAAGAUACAGGAAGGCAUGGGAGAUGGGAAUGUCCUUUAUCACACCAUGAUUUCUAAGACGGAGGAAGAAAUCCAGGAGAUCCUCAACAGGAAGGAAGCUCAGCUCCAAGAGAAGCUCGGACGCCGUAAAAAGCAGGAGCAGAACAUAGCUGACAAGCAAGAGAAACGAGACGCCAACAAGAAAAAGAGCCUGGAAGGCAUUAAGAGGAAACAAGCCGAGGCUGAAGAGGACAGUGAGGUGGAGGAUCCCGGGAUGCAGGACAAUGAGGUUGCUGUUGUUGAAUCUGACGAUGAGGUGGAGUACUACAGACAGGCUGUGGGACAGGAGCCAGAUGAAGACAUGUUCCCAGCGACCAAAAGGAGGCACGGCUCCGAGAGAACUCAUGGACCGGCCAAGAAGAGGAAGAUGUCACCGGGUAAACCAUUUAGAAAAGACAAAGACGGCAAAUCGCCCAAGAGGAACGGUUCCGAGAGAACUCAUGGACCGGCCAAGAAGAGGAAGAUGUCACCGGGUAAACCAUUUAGAAAAGACAAAGACGGCAAAUCGCCCAAGAGGAACGGUCCAGGAGGACACAGAGACCAGACGGGAAAGGGGUGGAAGAAACCCGGGGACGGGGAGAAACCAUUUGGGCGUAAAACGAAGCCUGGCGGAAAGCCUUUCGGGGGGAAGAAACCUGGCGAGCGCGGGGAGAAGAGAUUUGGCGGGAAGAAACCAUUUGAUAAAAAUAAGGACAAAUCCUUCAAAUCUAAAGGUUCGAAAGGCAAGCCGGCCUUCAAGAAGAAAGGAGUAAAGCACGGCUCUAAACAGAGGAAGGGGAAAGGCGACGGCGUAGCUGCGUGGCAAGCGGUCCCUCGGCAGGAAUCCCCGAUGGCCAACAACUUCUCGUGCGAGAAGUUCCAGACGGCCCUGCUGCCCUCCGUGUACGGCGUGGAGUUCGUGGUGGCCCUGGCCGGGAACCUGUUCGCCCUGUGGCUGCUGGUGGUCCGAGAGAGGCGGAGCUGGCACACCGGGAUGGUCCUGGCCUGCAACCUGGCCGUCAGCGACCUGCUGUACGUGCUGACCCUGCCGCUGCUCAUCGCCUACUACGUCCUGGACAAACACUGGGUGUUCGGCGACGCCGCGUGCAAAACGGAGAGGUUCCUCUUCACCUGCAACCUGUACGUGAGCAUCUUCUUCGUCAUGGCGAUAGGCGUGAACCGCUGCGUGGGGCUCAAGUUUCCCUUCUUCACCCGAUCCUACGUAGAGCCCGUCCACGCCAAGGUCGCCAGCGUCCUCAUCUGGGUGCUGGUGGGAGUCAUUUCCUGCCCCGUGCUGAGGUUUGCCUCACUUUGCCCCGGUCACCACAACAACACCCUCUGCGUGUCCUUCUGUGAAGAAAUAGACGGUGACGAAAGGCCUCACUUCUCUUACCAAGUCUUCCUGGCUGUGUUUGGUUUUCUUGUUCCCUUCUUGGUUACUUUCUCUUGCUACUGUGUGGUUAUUUCGGUGGUGUGGAAAAACAGCACCGUAACUCUGCUGGAGAAGCGUAAGGUGGCCCUGUUGGUCACGUCGGUGCUUGCGCUCUAUGGCGUUUCCUUUGUGCCGUACCACGUCUUCCAGGUGUAUCGCUUGUACUUGAGAAUCUUUCAUUCAAACAGCUCUGUCUGCUGGGUGUACAACAUGUACCAGGUGUCCAAGGGCCUGGCAACUCUCAACAUGUGCCUCCAUCCAAUCCUCUACAUGGCUUUGUUUGACAGUAUGAGAGUGGCUUGUUGUGGGAAGAGCCCGGAGGACAAGGACAGCCGGGGGUGAGGAGGAAGUUUAAAGCUGCUGCUCGAUAGCUUUUCUG